AAGUUUGACGUCUUUAAAAAAAACGUGCAUAUAUUUGAAACUCUUUCAAACAGAGAUUAGUUUAUUAAAUUAUUUAAUUAUAAAUAACUUUUCAAUAACAAAUGCUAAAAUCAGUAAUUCGCACCAUAUCGAAAAGUGCAAAUCAAAUCCCACUUGCACAUCAAAUUUUCAAUCGAAAUUCCCUCCGUUAUCUAACUAAAUUUGCUCCAACCACAACCACAAUGGGCAAAGACACUUGGAUUGUUUGGAUGGAUCUCGAAAUGAGCGGGUUAGACGUAAGCCGGGACAAAAUAUUAGAACUUUCUUGCAUAAUAACCGAUAAAGACCUUAAUAUAGUUGCCGAAGGUCCCAACAUUGAGGUCCACCAACCCGAUGAAGUAUUAGAAAAUAUGAACGAUUGGUGCAUGAAGCACCAUGCCGAAACAAAGCUAAUUGACAAGUGUAGAAGUUCGAAUAUUAGUGAAGAAAUGGCUCAAGAGAUGUUGGUUGAAUUUCUUAAAGCCAACAUUCCCAAAGGCAAGUGUCCAUUGGCAGGUAAUUCAGUCUACAUGGAUAGAUUGUUUAUAAAUCGAUAUAUGCCGAAGGUCGACAAUUAUUUGCAUUAUAGAAUAAUUGAUGUGUCGACUGUUAAAGAACUUUGUAGACGAUGGAAUCCGAGUGUUGCUGCUGGUGCACCGAAAAAGAAACUAGUUCAUCGAAGUGAAGAUGAUAUUAGAGAGAGUAUUAUUGAAAUGAAAUAUUAUAAGAAAUUUCUUUUCAAAUAAUUUAUAUUAGAUAGAAUUUAGAACAAUUAAAAGCAUAAUUGAUUAAGAGAAUAAACAUGUUUUCUUUUGGAUA